CUACAGACCGCACGGCCAUGUCAGUGACUCUGGAACAAUGUGUGUUACUGAGAGAACGACACACACUCAGUGAGGCGCACUUCAACACUGCACUGGACUGCAUGAGGAGGUCUCGUCUGUCCUGGGGACAGAUGCUCGGCUGCUAUGCCCGGUCAGGGUUCAUCGUGUCAGGGUCAGAUCCAGGGUCAGAUCCCUCUGGUCAGCGGGGCCCCUGGCCCCCGCUCUGUUUGGCCCCCGAGGCCCCGAGACGUCACAUGUAUCCGGUGGCGUUUCUCCUGGUGACCUCCCAUCUCCUCGUCUUGUGGCUCAUCCUCAGCCUCGUGCUGCUGUUGUCCAGACUGUAAAUAAAGGUGGGCCGCCCCCUGGUGGCUGGCUGCAGUAUCGCCAUAGAUGCUCCUGCAUGUCAGCAGAUGGGACUAAACCAAACAAAUAAAAAGUAGUGUGUGUUUCUGUGUGUUUGUGUGUGUCUGUGUGUGUCUGUGUGUGUGUAUGUGUCUGUGUCUGUGUCUGUGUGUAUAUGUAUGUGUGUCUGUGUGUGUGUGUGUGUGUGUUUGUGUGUCUGUGUGUGUGUGUGUAUGUGUCUGUGUGUGUGUCUGUGUCUGUCUGUGUGUCUGUGUGUGUAUGUGUGUGUGUAUGUGUCUGUGUGUGUCUGUGUGUGUCUUUCUGUGUGUUGUGUGUCUGUGUGUGUUGUGUGGGGACGGCUGCAGGAUGGACAACGUGCUGAAGACCGUGGGCAGCAGGACCUUCUCCUCCAGCGUUCAUCUCCUCACUUUCCACAAACUGUACCGACCUCCUGACGGCAGCUAUGGCUCCGCCCCCUGACAAAUCCACUUCCUGUGCAAAGGCUUUUACUUUGUAAAGUCAGGUCUGUGUUUUAUAUGAAUGUUCUUUUUAUGCACGUGACACGUUUCCUCCUCUUCAUCAUCUGACUUUUUAUUUAGCUUGAAAGCUGCAAACACAUAUUUAAUGAAUCUUGUUACAGAGACGUUACAGAAAAAAUACACUAAUUGAAAACCAUAUUUAAUAUUUAAAACGAGGUUCAUAAAAUAUGAAGCCUUGUUCACAUGAAGUAUUUAGAGGAACAUGUCACAGAAGUGGAGCAGUGAGUCUCUGAUUCAUCAGAAACUGUUGAUCAAGAAACAUUUUAAUAUAAUCUUUGUAUUUUCUUUAUUUUAUCAAUAUUCUUUUCUCAUAUAUAAAGAUCAGAUGUUUA